CAGAACUGCUGCUUGAAUCAUAAUCAGCUGUCAAUGUUAACGUGUAGCUGUGUCAGAGGCACGCAGAGAACAUGUCAGAUACUCGGACCAAGUAUAAAUACAACGACUGGGACUUCUUCUUCACUUGUGUGGGCCUGCCGCUGUUCUUGCUUGACGUCGUUUUGGAUGUACUGGCUGCUGUGUCCUUUUAUAAGGAAAGGGCCUACGUGUACCUCGGUGUGCUGGUGCUGUUUCUCCUGGGCUCGUCGCUGCUCACUCAGGCUUACAGCUGGCUUUGGUACAGCUAUGACGAGUUUGAGAGGAAGACAAAGGUCGAGAAGCUGCCGUCCCCGAGGCAGCUCAAGCUGCUCCACGUAUUUCAGCUGGGAAUCUACUUCAGGCAUGCAGGAGUCCUGGAAAUGGCCGUGCAAAGCUUCUACAAGAAGAUCCCCGACCCUGAGAAUGGUGCCAGCCGACAUACGGGUUCCUCUGCAGAUGAACAGGAGCCUGAUUCCGAGAGCAUAGCCGUGUCGUUGAACCACGAUCUGAGCAUGUUACGAAUCAUAGAGACGUUUGCAGAGAGCGCCCCGCAGCUCACGCUCAUGCUCACCAUCAUUCUGCAGCAGGGCUAUCCAGAUCUUAUUACAG